UUAGACUGCAGCCAAAGCGUGUCCACACAAUCUGUCCGUCUUUGCUAACCUCUUUUUAUAGAAAGGAAAAAAAAAAGUCCAUCUUGUACUAGAACGGCUUCUGUUCUCUUCUCUACCCAGUUUACGUCGUGUCAGGCGGCUCUGAAAGGGACGAAAUGAACGGUACGAUGGAUGGGAACUACGACCACGCUCCUCAUGACGGGUCCUUCAUGUUUACCUCCGAGUCCGUGGGAGAGGGACAUCCUGAUAAGAUAUGUGAUCAGAUCAGCGACGCGGUGCUGGACGCUCACCUGAAGCAAGACCCUGAUGCCAAAGUGGCCUGUGAGACGGUGUGUAAGACGGGCAUGGUGCUGCUUUGUGGUGAGAUCACGUCCCGGGCCAACGUGGACUACCAGAGGGUGGUGAGAGAAACCAUCCGACACAUCGGCUACGACAGCUCAGAGAAAGGCUUUGAUUAUAAGACCUGUAAUGUGCUGGUGGCCCUGGAGCAGCAGUCCCCUGAUAUCGCACAGGGAGUUCAUAUCGAUCGCCUGGAGACUGACAUCGGAGCUGGAGACCAGGGUCUGAUGUUCGGAUACGCCACAGAUGAGACAGAGGAGAGCAUGCCUCUCACCAUAGUCCUCGCACACAAACUCAACGCCAAGAUGGCCGAACUGAGGCGGAACGGGACAGUGCCCUGGCUCCGCCCGGACUCCAAGACACAGGUGACAGUUCAUUAUGCCCAGGAAAACGGUGCCGUGAUCCCCAAGAGGGUCCACACCGUGGUGAUCUCAGUUCAGCACGACGACUACGUGAGUCUGGAGGAGCAGAAGAAAGUCCUGAAGGAGAAGGUCAUCAAGGCGGUGGUCCCGUCGAGGUACCUGGACGAGAACACCAUCUACCACCUGCAGCCCAGCGGACGGUUUGUGAUCGGAGGACCACAGGGUGAUGCUGGAGUGACAGGCAGGAAGAUCAUCGUCGACACAUACGGAGGCUGGGGGGCCCACGGUGGAGGGGCUUUCUCCGGGAAGGACUACACCAAGGUGGACCGCUCAGCUGCCUACGCCGCCCGCUGGGUGGCAAAGUCUCUGGUGAAGGCCAAACUGUGCAGGAGGGUGCUGGUGCAGGUGGCGUAUGCGAUCGGCGUAGCUCAUCCACUGUCCAUCUCCCUGUUCACCUACGGCUCCUCUCAGAAGAGCGAAAUGGAGCUGCUGCAGAUCGUCAACAAGAACUUUGACCUCAGACCCGGCGUCAUCGUCAGGGACCUGGACCUGAAGAGACCAAUCUACCAGAAGACGGCCUGCUACGGACACUUCGGCAGGAAGGAGUUUCCCUGGGAAGUCCCAAAGAACCUCAACUUCUAGUUUAGGUAUGUGUGUGUUUAUGUGUGUGAGCAGAGUGUCAGUGAUUUAUAGAAAGCUGUCCUCGUGCUCCUGUAACCCAGUAAGAAGGGCAGCUGCCUGUGAUGGGGGGUAUGCAGAUAAUCUCUGGUCAUUGGACGGGGGUAGAAAGGUUUCAUGUGUGAUUUACGACUCUGUGGCACCUCAACAUUAAGAAGAAACACGAGCGAGCUGUUUGGUAUUUUUGUGCCACGGACGCAGAGACACAGUCACACGGCUGCAGUUUGUUUCACGUUUGAACAGGUUGAAAAAGUCGUUGUUUGCAAAUAUUCAGCUUUUCUGUCCAGAAAUGAGACAAUGACCAAAGUUUAAGGAAGAAGAGCCACGAACACGUCAGCAGAGACGUUUCACAACCACUACAAUGUCUUAAGAGCAGUUUGAUAAUCUGCAUUUUUUUAUACCUGUCAGUAUUUGAACGAUACUGUACGGUGCUAGUGAGCUUCUGUUACACUGGACGAUAAAAAGCCUUCAAAGAUUUUGAACUUAUUACAAACAGUAAAGGCUGUGAGUCUCAUCUGUUUUCUUUUUCAGCAUGAAAUCAAACCUGUGCCCUAACUGCUAAACAAAGAUGAGACCUGAUCUCAGAGGCAGGAGGUGAAGUUGCUCUAAAGAACUUUAAAAGUUGUAAAUCAGACAGAAACCUGUGCAUUGUUUGCUGCACACAUCUUAAAAUUUAUACUAUAUAUUUUUCUAUGAUCGGCAGCUGCAGACUGCAGGUGUUACAGACAAAGGUGAGAUGUGAUCUCAA